UUCUUGUUUUAAUAUUUUUGCUAUAAACUUGUAGAAAUAGAACCUUGUUACGAAAACUGCAAUGGUAUUUGUCAUUCAUAUUAUACUUUAAAAGACUCCUAAAAUUCAGUCAAGACAGUUUGAGUUUUGAUACUACUAUGGAGUCUUCAUCGAUUGUUAGUUUCAACAAUGAUUCCACAUUCCAGUCGACGUUGAAAGCAGAAUAUAACAACGUCAGUGUCCACGAACUAGCCCUGCACGCGAUGAGAGAUCGAUGUCUGCUGUUGCAGCGGCGAAUAAACACAUUGGAAACAGAUAACAUGAAGUUGAAACUGGACAUCACAAAAUCAAAACAAGGUUCACAGUACAUUCCUAUACAAGAAGAUGAGAGAAUGCAGCUGCAACAAAAGAUUGCUGAACUUAAGAAACAAAAGUCACAACUCAUGCAUCAUGUUUUUAUGGUAUCAUGCGAAAACAAAACCUUAUGGAACAAAAUUGCCUGCAUAAAAGGUCCUGAUAAACUUCCUAGUGAACAGGCUAAACAUCCUUUAAUCCGAACGAACACAUACAUCCAUAGCACUCCAAAAACAAGUUCAAACUAUCAAGAAAAGUUUUCAGAGUCAAGCUUAGAAGAGAUUUCUCUAAAAGUAAUAAACAGUUAUAUUCAAGAGAAGUCGCAGUUGGUAGAGCAGUACGAACAAAUGAGUGAGUUACAAGAUGCAGACGAUGAAAUGUUGAAUGUAGAUUCUAUAGGCUUCACUUACAUUGAGGAGCCGGCAACUGAUUCUUUGAAAGAGAUCCGCAGCCAGACGGAGAAGCUACAGCAGUUGAAGAAGGAAAUGGCGCAGCAGGAGAAAGACCUUAAAUUAGCAAUUUCAAGAGUAGAAAGUGUAUUGAAGUAUGGUUACAAAUGCCCAACAUGCAUCGCAAAUAGUACAAAAAUAACAACUUCCGAGCAUAAAGAAAUAGAGACCAGCGACAGUCUAGCCAACUGGGCCACACCCGUGGACUCCAGCACUUAUAAUGACACUUUCAAUGAUUUAAACACUUCGGCAUUCAAGAAGAACCCAGAGCAAGACUCAAAAGAGUCUUUGUCGCCUACAACUGAUAGAAUCUGCCCUAUGUGCGGGGAAACAUUCCAAAAAGAUAUUGCUUUUAACGAAUUUCAGGCCCAUGUGGAAUCCCAUUUUACUGGAGAUAUUGAGCCAGAUUCUAUUAUUGAUGAAUUUGACAAUAUUCCUAAUUCGUUUGAUAACAUAAUAUAAUUUUUGUUUAAUUAAUUUUAGACACCUAUGAAGCCUUUGCCAAGCAAUGUAAUGUAAAUGGAAGUAAUGUAAUAUUUUAAGGUAAUUUUAAUGCAACAGUGGCAAGUAAAUAAUAAAUGUUUAUGAAAAAUAAUGAUUGUGUUGUCACAGCAAUGUCUCGAGUCUAAUGUUUUGUGUGUUGCUGGGAUGCUUAUAUUAUAUUACCACGCCAUCUAGAGUCCAUCUAAGCUAACUUUGCAGUCUUUGCACCAACUUGAAUAGAACAAAGUAAGGAGUGUCAUUAAAAACGUUAUUUGUUCAUAGAAAUUUGACAAUUAAUGACAUUGCCACCCUUUGUCAUUGCAAAUGCCAUGGUGAGUAACUUCGUUCGACUUUAUCAUUAAAACUUUCAAAGUGAGUUCACUAGAUGGCGUUAUAGUGUCGAAAAAAAUAGCUCUCGAGUCAGAUUUCUACAAAUUCUAGUUUUUUUAUAACAUUUAAUAAAAAAUUAACUUGUUUAAUAAUUGUACCUAUGUACAAUACAAACUUUAUUUGCACAUAUACAAAAACGGAUAUGAUAGUAAUUUGUUGGAGCAUGGUGGUAUUGUGUCAUGAUAUGUAUUUUAUAAGAACAAUUUCCAGUUAUUUAAAAAAUAACUUCACUUCCAAUGUGCAACUCUAUCAGCUUCUCAGUACAUAUUAUUUACUUGCUUCUUGUGCUACUGAAUGAAAUUAAGUGCUUUAGUAUAAUUAUUUAUUUAAUAAAAUACUACAAACUA